AUGUCUUCAACGCAGGCUCCCGAGAAGCCCAUGAGCGAGAAGCAGCGGCUGAAGCUUGAGAAAUUCAAGCAGAAGCAGGAGAGUCUUGCCAGACAGCCGCAGCAGACAUUGGACAAGAAGGCCAGAAGGCUGGCUCCUCCUGCUGUCUCGGCCAAAGAUUGGGUUGAAGAGACACCUGCUGGGCAUCGAAAGAUCUUGAAGCCUUUGGAUGACGACUUUCACAAGGCCUAUCUACCCAACGUCGUCGAAUCUGCAUGGUAUAGCUUCUGGGAGAACCAGGGCUUGUUCAAGCCGCAAACAGAAAAGGAUGGUAGCCUCAAGCCAAAAGGCAAAUAUGUAAUUGCCAUGCCGCCGCCAAAUGUGACGGGAAAGCUACACAUCGGACACGCCCUGGCGCUCUCGCUAGAAGACACGCUCAUCAGGUGGCAUCGCAUGCGACAGUUCACAACACUCUACAUCCCCGGCUGCGAUCAUGCCGGUAUUGCAACUCAAGCCGUCAUCGAGAAGCAGCUUGCCAAGAAUCCGAUCAAUGGCAAGUCCAAGAGGCAAGACUUCAGUCGAGAAGAAUUUGUCCAGCUAUGCCAGGACUGGAAGGAGGACUAUCGGAAGAACAUCAACAAUGCGGCACGCAGGCUCGGCAUCUCUCCAGACUGGUCUCGAGAAGCCUUCACGAUGAGUCCGCAGUUGUCUAAAGCUGUCACCGAGACCUUUGUGCAGCUACACGAAGAAGGCCUGAUAUACCGAGCCAACAAGCUUGUACAUUGGUCGUGCCGUCUCUCCACAGCCCUGUCUAACCUGGAAGUCGACCAAAAGGAAAUUGAAGGGACGACGAAGCUUGAUGUGCCGGGUUAUGACCGAAAGGUUGAAUUCGGAACACUCACGUAUUUUAAAUACCAGAUCGAGGGUUCUGAUCAAACGAUAGAGGUUGCAACAACACGACCCGAGACGAUGUUGGGCGACACUGGCAUUGCCGUGCAUCCCCAAGACGAUCGAUACAAAGAUUUUGUGGGCAAGACUGCAAUCCACCCUAUUAUUCCCGGCAGAAAAUUGAAGAUUAUUGCCGAUGAAUACGUUGAAAGGGAAUUCGGUACUGGCGCAGUCAAACUUACACCCGCCCAUGAUUACAACGACUUCAACCUCGGCAAGAAGCAUGGCCUGCCCUUUAUCAACAUCCUCAACGAAGACGGUACUCUUAAUAGCAACGCUGGACCUUAUGCCGGGGAGAAGAGGUUCAAUGCAAGAUACCGCAUCAUUGAAGAGCUCAAAAGUCUUGGCCUCUAUACGAAGUCGGAGCCGAAUAAAAUGACUGUUCCGAUUUGCAGUCGAUCAGGAGACAUUGUCGAGCCGCUUCUCAAACCACAAUGGUGGAUGAAGAUGGAAUCGCUGACGAAACCUGCCAUUGAAGUAGUUGAAAGUGGUGAGCUGAUCAUUAGGCCGGAUGUACAAAGGCGAUCAUAUCUGCAGUGGAUGCGAAAUCUUCAGGAUUGGUGUCUAUCAAGACAACUAUGGUGGGGUCAUCAGAUACCAGCGUACUUUGUCAGUCUCGAAGGCGACGACGCCGGUGACGAUGCUGAUGACAAAUACUGGGUGUGUGGCAGAACAGAACGUGAAGCUCAGGACAAGGCAGAGCAAAGAUUUCCAGGCAAGAAGCUGACACUUCGGCGUGAUGAGGACGUCUUGGACACUUGGUUCAGUUCUGGACUUUGGCCUUUUAGCACUCUUGGGUGGCCAGACAAGACGGAAGAUUUGGAAAAGUAUUUCCCAAACUCCACUUUAGAGACUGGUUGGGACAUUAUUCCCUUCUGGGUAAGCCGUAUGAUCAUGUUCUCUCUGAAGUUGACUGGAAAAGUCCCUUUUACAGAGGUCUACUGUCAUGGCUUGAUUCGCGAUAGCGAAGGCCGAAAGAUGUCCAAGUCACUCGGCAAUGUCGUUGACCCAAUCGAUAUAAUCGACGGUAUUAGUCUCGAAGGCCUGCACCAGAAGCUGCGACAGGGUAACCUGGCCCAAAGCGAGAUCAAAAAUGCUGAAAAGUACCAGAAAAAGGCAUUCCCGCAAGGCAUUCCCGACAUUGGGGCCGAUGCCUUGCGGUUCUCACUCGUCAACUACACGCAGUCAUCCGGCGGCGAUAUCAACUUUGACGUUAAGACGAUGCACGGCUACAGAAAGUUUUGCAACAAGAUCUACCAGGCCACAAAAUAUGUCCUCGGAAAACUUGGUGAUGAUUUUGUUCCUCGCGAAAGCUCCGCUCUGACAGGAAAGGAGAGUCUGCCUGAGCGAUGGAUCUUGACAAAGAUGAAUACCGCUGCGAAGCAAAUCAACCAGGCACUCGAGGCGCGCGAGUUCGCCAAAUCGAGCCGAGUUAGUUACCAGUUCUUGUACGAUGAGCUGUUUGACAUCUUUAUUGAGAAUUCCAAGUCGAUAAUCUCGGAUGGCACGCCCGAGGAAGCUCGUUCGGCCAUGGACACGCUGUACACCGCACUUGAGACUGGCCUGCGACUUGUGGCCCCAUUCAUGCCCUUCCUGACUGAAGAGCUGUGGCAGCGGCUACCACGCAGACCAGGCGAUGAAACAUGUUCAAUCUCGAUUGCCGAGUAUCCAGAGUUUGAAGAGUCGUUCCAUGAUCCGAAAUCCGAGGUAGCCUAUGAGCUUGUACUAGGCUGCUCGAGAGGUUUCCGUGUUCUCCUGGCAGACUAUGCCGUUAAAGAGAAUGGCGUAGCUUACAUCAUACCUCUCAGCCAAACGACGCAUGACACAGCGUCUGCUCAAUUAUCCGCCAUCAAGUCACUCAGCAGCAAGACGCCGGUAGAUAUUAGCAUUCUGCCGGUUGGAAGUGCCAGUCCAGCUGGUUCCGCAGUCUUUCCUAUUUCCGCCGAGGCAAAUGUCUAUCUUGAAGUCAAGGAUCGCAUACAAGAUGCCGGAAAAGAGGUUGAAAAGUUCAAGGCAAAGUUGGCUGAGGCAAGAAGGGAUCAAGAGAGUAACGACGCGCAUAGGGCAGAUUUGAGUAAGUUACAGGACAUUGAUGCGGCCGAGGCCCGGCAGGUGGUUGAGCGCCGAACGCUGGAUCUCGAAGCUAGAUUGCGGGCGUUGGAAGAGACGGUUGCGAUGCUUCAGAAGAUGGUGGUUUAG